AUGCCAGCACUGGUUGAGAUCUCGACAACUGACCAAAGUUUUAGGGGUAGCUUCUUCUUCGUUGUGCGGCGGUUUCUGACUGGGAGUGAGAUUUUCGAUCAGGUCAUUCCCCAGGUUGAAUGCAUUUGGCUCCAUGAGUGCUCCAUUUUGAUGGGAGCGCCAGGACAAGUUCGCAUUUUUCAUUGGGAUGACCUUGUGCCGCUGUAUGAAGGGGCUUUCCUGCGUAUUCGCUACAUCUGGAGGCCGCAGGAACAGGGAGAGUCCUCUACGUGCGAUGAGGGCUCCUCUUCGGAUGACUCUGACUCUGAUUCCACAUCUCUGUCAGGUCCACCCAGCGGCAAUGAGACCUUACCUGCCAAUAGGCCUGAUGCUGCUUCGGGCGAGGAGCGCCUAACGAGAGGGUCUGGUGGCUCACACCCUCUGGCCCUCGACCUGCAAGCGGCUCUGCCUUUGGACCUUACUGAUGAUGACAAGACUUCGCUGAUGCACAUGCCUCUGCGUCGAUUUGUCUAUGACCGGCCGCUGCAUGGUGCGGUUGAUAUUCCCCAACAAGUCUUGCAAGACAGCCUCCUCCAGUACUUGCAAGCUGAGGCCCAUUUGCGACCCACUGACCCCAUGAUGACAAUGGUUUGGAUCUUGGUCAAUGAGGACCCUGUGAAUUUGCCCAUCACCAUGUUCCGAGCUCAUGACAGGAGAAUGCUGACCACGCAGGUGAGUGAAGCAUGGCGAGGGCACAAUGGUUACGAGGUGGCCAGUGCCUUCCUAUGUUCGCCCCAGCCGCCUCGCUUUCACAUGCGCGAGGUACCAGGUCGAUCCCUCCUUGUUACUCCGAAACUUGAAUUACACCCGCACUGGGCGGCUUGGCUCAUGGAUGUUUAUCUUGUUUCGGAUUCGGACAAGGUUUUCAAAGAAAGAGUGGCCAUCUGGACCAUGCAGCUGACUGUUGGUGAUCUCGCGCAACGUUUAGGCUAUGAUGCCAAGGGUGCUCGUGCCAUUCGUCUGGACUUUCCGGGAGUGACAUUGACGGAGACCGAGGAGAUCUGUUUUCCACCGGGUACCUUUUUUCGCAUGCUGCUGAGGUGCUUCUUCGACAAGAAGUUGUACAGCUUCGGACAGCAAGAGGACCCUGGCCUGUGA